AUGCCUGCAAUAGGCAUGAAUGUCAUAAUUACCGGUCAAACGACGCAAACCAUCAAAACUGAAGAAGAAAAUGCAGUUCUUAACUUCUAUAUCAAAAAAAGAUUUGGUGAAAAGGAUCUGUCUAAUUUCUGGGUAGAAGUAAAACACAAGGCAAAUAAUAAUUAUCUUGCAAAUAGAACAAAUGCUAUAAACCAAAAAAUCUGGUCCACUACUACUCUCCUCGUCGGAACUAUGAAUUACCAUCCUUCUAUACCUAAUUCUAGUGAAGGAAAACAUGUUCUAACAUUAGAAGAUAUCUCCUUACUCUCUUCGAAUCUUAGUAAUACAAGUUCAAACUCUCAACACAUCAACAUCCCUGGCUGUCCCAAAGAAAUAGCUCUGCACAUGGGUCCAACAACAAUACCUACUAGUAAUAAUCUUCAAGCUGCCUUGGAUGCUAACCCUAUGCCAAAUAUGGCUAAACAAAAUAAUGAAACAAAUAGUCAAAGUAGUCAAACUGACGAAAGUGCAGACUAA